AUGAAACACAUCUUCUCAGCUUCCAGUCUUGCAACGUUAGUUGCGGCGGGCCCACUCGCAAUUCGCCAGAACAACUCGACUACCAAUGGUAGCGUGGACAGUUUCGCAGAUGUUCCAAUAACAAAGGAUGCACAGUGGACAACAUGUCUCGGAGGAGACUACACUUGCCUCAACCUCGAAGUUCCCCUAGAUUACGACCAGCCUGAAAUUGGAACCACAAACGUCGCUUUUCUAAGACUUGAGGCAUCUACCCAGCCUGCACUGGGAGACAUCAUUAUAAACCCGGGCGGCCCUGGAGGUAGUGGUGUCUAUACAAUUCUCAAUCCCACAGCAUGGAUCGGGCUACUUGGAACAAAGUACAACCUCAUCGGUAUGGACCCCCGUAGCGUCAACAACAGCGGCCCAAACGUCGAUCCCCUAAUCGACACACCAGCCGCACGCGACGACUACGUGCUGCGGAUGGCCGAUGAGUACGACUACAAAAGCCCGGCAGCCGUCAAUCGGGCAUGGGUCCACGCGGGUGCCUAUGGCGACUUUGCUGCGCAGAGGCUCUCCAAUGAUACGAACUACGUCAACACCCCUGCUGUCGCCCGCGAUAUGCUACGCUUCACCGAGCUGGUAGCGGAGAGUCGCGGAGAGGAUCCAGAAUCAGCCAAACUGAACUUCUUUGGUGUAUCCUACGGCUCCAUCCUCGGCACCACAUUCGCCCAACUCUUCCCCGAUCGCGUCGGCAGAAUGAUCAUCGACGGCAUCAUGGACCCCUCUGACUACUACGACGGUGCCUGGAUCCAAAGUGUCAACCAAGCCGACGAUGCCGUGCGCGGUUUUGCAUCGCACUGCUUCGAGGCCGGCAGCAAAUGUGCCUUCUAUGCCAACGACACCAACCCGGGCGCCAUCCUCCAGCGCCUCGACACCAUCCUGCGCAACCUCGAAGAAAACCCCCUGCCACACUCUGACCCAAGCCCCGGAGCUCUGCCAGCCGUGCUCACACACAUGGACCUGCGCAACCUGAUCAUGUGGGCCUCGUACAGCCCGUACGCGCGCUCCCCUGCGCUCGCCUCAGCGCUGGCAGAGCUCGAGGUUGGUGUGGGCACUACGCUCGCGGGGCUCUCCUCCAAGGGAGUAAUUCGCGCCGCGGACUGCGACGGCCCCGUGCCGGCGUACAGUCUCGUGUUGAGCAAGUUCGCCACCGCGUGCAACGAUAUGGAUGGGCGAUACAACAUCUCAUCUGCCGCUGCGUACGGCGAGUAUAUCGGCAAGUUGGAGGGGGUUUCGAGUUAUAUUGGUGGAGCGUGGGCGCGCGUUAUUACGCUGUACUGCCACAACCACCAGUUUAGUCCGCCGGCGUCGCAGAAGCUCUCGGGUAGGUCUUACAAAGAGGUUACGACAGUUAACCCCAUUCUUUUCGUCAGUAACACGAUCGAUCCUGUCACAUCAAGCUUGGACUCCAUGAUCGAGUUCUUCCCCGGUGCGGGAUCGUUCUAUCAGAACGCUGUCGGGCACGGCGUGAUUGGCACUAAGUCGAAUUGUACGUCGGAGCACUUAAUCAGGUACAUGGAGACUGGAGAGCUGCCGCCGCCGGACCUCGUAUGCGAGCCAAACACAAAGGUCUUCGAUGACGUAGUGUGA